AUGCAGAAGGUGAUCAACGAUGAGUCUUCCCAUGAGGCUCGGAAAGUUUUGGAGACUCUAUAUGGUAGCCAUACACGAAAUGGUGUCCAGCAAAUGAAGAGAAAACCAAUGGAUGAUGAUGAUUUCAUCAUUUGUAUUCUAAGAGAUCUCGACAAGGCCAUGGACAUGUAUUCAACAAUCAACAAUUCUCUAAAUAAUGAUAAAGAAGCACUCGGGGUGGCAGUCGUGCUCAAGGUCCAAAUCACAAAGCAGAUGGCUGCAUGCUUUGCAACUGACGAGGACACUGAACAGUACAAAGGAUUUAUUGCCUUGCAGAUGGGUGGCACUAUGGAUGAUACUUGGUAUCCUGAUACUGCAAGUAUUUUCUUCAUUAAUUCAGGUGUUAUUCUGUCUUGUAGAUUCAUCCCGUUCACCUAUAACUCAAGAACACAGGAUUUGACGACCCAAGGAGUAAAGAGGUUGUGUGACUAUGCCUCCAGUUUGGAAAACAACUUACUUGAAGAGAAUAUCCAGACUUCAGCAUCCAGUUCACGGCUAACAUUCUCAUCAAAGGCUGGGGCAUUGCCUGCUCCAUUAAGUGAACCAUCAACUCCUGCUUCGAUUGGAUCUCAAGAGGUUCAAAGGCCCCCUCGUAAUGCUGCAUCACCCUCAAGCCAGCAGAGAAGUAACGGGAUUUCAGGAGUGGCUGAGCUUACUAGCGGCCUCGGGAUUUCUAAAGGUAUCGAUACAGAAGAAGAAACAACUAAUAGAACGAGUUGGUUGAAACCUGCAUUUCUUAUGAGAACACGUAGCGCAACAAACAGUGUAGUGCAGCAAAUAUUGGUCGAUCCACCAGCACCAUGAUUGUAUCUUUUGUUAUUUUUUUUUAAUUGUAUUUCGACUUAAUUGUAUUAAUGCAAGUUUGACUAAAUUUUUAUAAUAUGAAUAUUAUUUUUAUUUCA